AGAGAGUGAAGAGCCGGGAAUAUAAGAGGCUCUCAGGGCGAAGACAUUCUCAGUUUGUUAUGCAUUUCACGCGGACGGUCUUCGACGAUCGCUCAUUUCUGGGCAACCGGACGAUCAGGAAUGAUUAUGGAUAAUAGAUUCAUUUUCAAAACCAUCUUCUUGUUGCUGAUAGCGACAACAUCUGAGGCAAUAUUCUUUGAUUACCCAAAAAAAGCUCUCAUGGAUUUCUUCCAAUCCCUGAAAGGGAAAAAGGAAGCCGCGAAGAAGUCUCACGACGAUGUUCACCACUAUCAUCUUCACUAUUAUCCGGUGCCGGUGAGCGUUGUCAUCGACGAUCAUCACGAGAAUGUCAAGGCACCAGGAAAGCAUGAAUUGGACAAUUUGCACAGAGAGGAGCUUAGAUCCCUGGGAUGGACCGAUCAGGAGUACAAACACGUGCCUGAACCGGAACUAAUUAUUCCUAAACACCAGCAUCACGAGACCGCCGGUGAUCUUUGGCCACAGCAACAUCAGAGCCACCUUUCGAACGGUUUGACGCUUCAGGAUCAGAUUGACAUCGCUGCGAUUAGGCAAAAGAUAGAGCGGCACUCGAAGCAGCAGAAGUACCAGCCAACGGUGGAACAUCAUCAUCCGACACACAUAUCUCUCCAUCUUCCUUUUCACCAGGAGAUCAUACUUCAUCAGCCGGCCCCCCCAAAGGAAGAGAAAAAAGUUCACCCGCUGACAGCAUUUUUUGAAAAACUUCACAGCAUUAAAAAUUCUCUCUUCAGUUCACACGAGGACAAAAAGUCCCAUCAAUGCGACGAUAAAGUCGAAAACGUCGCGACCAUUACUUCGAAAAUUAGGUCGAGUGACGCUUUUACAAUUUAUACAUUUCAUCCAAAAAAUUUGAGGAAACACUGAAUUUAUUUCAAC